GUCGUCAUUCUCAGCCUUUAGCUUUGAUUCUAGUGUGAUCUGUGUAAUGUAAUCUUCAAACGCGUUGAACGCGACGUCUAAUCUUACUUUACACGACUGCAAUUACAACUACCACUACCACAACAACGACCACGACAACGACAACGACAACCACGAAUACAACUGCAACCACGACUGCAUUUACAGCUACAACUACACGUGCUACACCAUAUCGACAUUCUCCAUGAGAGAUCGACGGCCAUUCAUGUGGGAAUCUAACAAAAUCGAAGAUGCCUUCUAUCCUCAGUCUCCCGGUAGAGAUCAUAUCAUACGUGACGCGUGACCUGGAUAUCCAGGACCUGUCCGCCUUCUCAAGGUCUUGCCGUGCCAUCUGUGGCAUUGUCUCACCCCAGCUAUAUCGCCUCGUCAAGGAUGAGGCCUCCCUUAUGUGCUGGGCCGUCGACGAAGGCCACAUAGGUACCGUCGAACGUCUGCUCGUAGCCGGCGCAAAUCCCAAUAUUGCCUGGGUUCAAACUUCGACCCGGUCGACCGUGCUCACCGUUCUCGAAGCUUGUAAACCAUCCACACGCCUCUUCAACUCUUCUCGCCGUUACGGUUCCGAGCCCCCGUUCGAUAGGAUACACGUAUCUACCGAUCCCGACGACUCGGACUCGAUGAUAUCUUUCUCUUCGUCCGAAGACGACGAUGACGACGACGAUAGCUACUACUACUAUGACAGCGAUCUAGAGUCGGAGGUUAGGAGCAAGAGUUACGAAAACCAUGGCGAUCUCGCGAGCCAUUAUUACUGGAUGCCCCUUCACAUCGCCGCGCGUUGGGGAAACGACAAGAUCGUCGAUCUUUUGCUAAAGUACGGCGCGGACGUCAAUGCCUUGUCAAGAGGUUUCUGCAAUUGCAUCCUCCCCAAGGAGGGUCCUCGCAUGUUCUUGGGCGCGGACCCCGUCACGCCAAUCUGGACGCCUCUGCAUACCGCCAUCUGCCACGGCCACGAGUCGACCGCGCGACUUUUGAUAUCUAGAGGGGCUUCGAUCAACGUAUCGCCGAGACUGCUGGGUUCCGAUCCUCGCCAUAUCACUGCUCUUCACGCGGCUUGCUAUUCCGAUCUGGUUUCCGUAUCCCGCUUCCUCAUAGACGAGGGAUAUCAAACCGACGUCGACGUCCAAGACCAUGCCGGCAGCACGCCUCUAAGCUAUGCGUACUUCGCCGGUAAUUGGCGUUCGAUCGACUUCCUGGUGGAGAUGGGCGCCUCGCUCAACGCCACACUGGGUCCUUUCACGCUCCUCAAACACGCGUGCUACGAGGAUCGCUUUGCCGAAGCCCUUAGGUUUAUCGAACUAGGCGUGGACAUCGCCGCUUCUUUCGAGCCUUCCGGCAAAGCCGAGUCUAUACUACACUGCUGUUGCAUGCCCGUCCGGCCGAGCCGGAGCCCUCUCUAUCACCGCGAGUCCUGCCAGGAACAUCUGAGGACGGAAGUCGUCCGAACCGUAAUCAAGGCCGGUGCCGAUUUGGAAGUUAGGGAUAAAGAUAUGAUGACGCCGCUCAUGAAAGCCGCUCUUGUCAACGUCGACGGCGUCGUCCGGGUUCUUCUCGACGAAGGCGCGGAUAUCGACGCGCGAGACGACGUGGGCGACACGGCGCUGCUGAAAGCUUGCAGGCCGUCGGGGAUGUUCGGUAUGCGUCCCGAAGGAGCGAUGCUGCGCACGGUAGAGGCGUUGCUCGAACGCAUCCCGCCGAAUACCGACAUGUUCGACGCCCUCGAGAGGGUCUGCGGGUCGUGCGGGCCUAGCAGCGACAAGGCCGAGGCGGUGCGGCUGCUCGUCCACCACGGAGGACCCGCCACCCUCGAACCGAAGGGCGCUCACCUGUUGCUCACGAGAGCGCUGAUAUCGGAUAACGUGGGGCUCUGCGACACGUUGCUGGAGUGCGGAUCUAGAGAGCCUACGCCUUCGGAGAUCGAGGUCAUGAUCGACAAGAUAAUCGCGCAAGACAACUCGUUAGCUCUCGAAUACAUGCUCAAAUUUCCUCACGGGCGCGAGAUAUUGUUGAGCCCGAGCCGACUUCUCGACACGAUCAAGAAGGGGAAGUCCGAUUGCGCGUUGUCCUUAAUCGACGCCGGCGCCCCUGUAUGCUACCAUUCCGACGACGACGAGAGUUGCUUGAUAGAAGCCUGCAAGCUAGAAGACCCAGACGUCGCCGAACUCCUUCUCCAAAGCGGGGCAGAUCCGAACGAGCCCGUCGGCGGCAUCUUUGCCCUAACAUACCCGAUCCUGAACGAGAAUCUCGUUAUGGUCGAGCUGCUCCUCGAUCACGGCGCAGACAUGCACGAGCAUCACACCGGUACCGAGGACGACGGCCGGACCUUUGGCCCGCUCGAUCUCGCCAUCUUUUUUGGUUUAAUCGAUGUCGUGGAGACGAUGGUCAAGCACCCGAGCUUCUUGGACGCGACUAAAGAGGAGCGCGCCGCCCACCUACAGAUGGCCUGCUGCGCGGAUCCCGCCGCGUACGGCAACGGCUCCAUACUCGAAAUUCUGCUGGACGAGGGUAAUCUGAACGCGAAUGUGGUAUUCACUAGAGAAAACAUGACGCCGUUACACAUUUCAAUAGCGCUAAAUAGGCUAAAUUCGAUCGAAUACCUCCUUCAUGCCGGCGCUGACAUGCACUACUAUCUUCGCCCAGCCGAACCUCCUGUACAGACCCGCCUAUCGAAUACGUUCGAAGGAUCGACGCCGUUAGAGUGGGCGAUCCUUAACGCCCCUAUCGAAGCCGUCAAAGCACUGGUAUACCACUGCUGCAAACGGGAACCAUUCACGGACGAGCCCGAGACGAUGCUGCGUUACGUCCGAGCCGCCUGUCGCAGACACAACCCCGAGAUAAUGCAGUUCGUAACCUAUAUGGGCCUCGAUCCCUACAUUUUCGACGAGGAAGGCAACUCGUUUCCCUCCAUCUUUUGUCAGACGAUCGAUAAAAUCUGGCCUUUAGAAGAACCCGACUGGCCGGCGGCGACAAUUGCCGCUAGAUCAGCCAAGUGCAUCGUCAUCCUACUCGGGUAUCAAGACCGCGACCUACAUAAGAAGAACGCUAAAGGCGUGUCCACCUUAGACCACAUCCGCCGCAUGAUGACCUACGAGGGACCGAGCGAGUUCCAUCAGGAGGUCGCAAAGUGGUGGAAUAGAGAGUUGAUCCUCGACGACGAAAUAGGAGUGCGUACGAGAUCGAAUGGUCUGUCUGAAGCUCCUUGGCCGCCUUAACGAAUUUCCAGACGCUCAUCCGACUGAAAUCCGACUGAG